UUCUGCAAUAUCAGAUGUCAGCAAAUGGAUCUCUGCCGUCAGAAAUCGUACCCAGUAUAACGAUGUUCGCGUUAUCAAGAAUUGUUCAGUACAUGUGCUUCACACAAAGAAACAAAAGGUCUUCAGCUAUUUCUGCAGGAGAUUUUUAAUGUGAAAUUCGUCAUCUCCGCUUCGAUACCAACGUCAUUAACAACGAAAAAUAGGACAAUAACAUCUGCCACAAGAUUCACAUUCACUAUUGAGUGAAAAUCACUCGUGGCGUCAUGCGUUAGCUUCCAAGAAAAUUUGUCAUUCAUGGACGUUCCCGCCAUUCUCAUGCUAUUGGCUGUAAGUGUUCAGCUGUGGAGAACAACAGAUUCGGUUGAACGAUGUAAGUGGUACCCGAACCCAAAACACGGGCGCAUGGUUUGCGACAGCUUGUUUCGUUUGUUUUGUGCCCCAGAAUGCGAUGAUGGAUUCGUGUUUGAGUCUAAGCCUGCAGUAGUGUACAUGUGUGGGCCUCUCACUGGAGAGUGGUUCACAUAUCCUGAAAGACAAACUAUCCCCUGGCCUAAUUGUGUGAGAGGAAAAGGCUUAGAAGAUACAUCAAAAAGCGAUUUAAUGACUCGCAGAGCCCAAAUUUCUGCGAAAAUUCACCAGACCUACCAAGGGAUAUUCCCAAACAAUCUUCAAAUGCAGCCUGUGCAGACUGGUCAGCAAGACGCUAGGUAUAUUCAUCUCUUUGACUACAUUCAGCGCGCGCAGCAGAUAUACAGUGAUAAAGGAGCUCUUUCUGCUUUGGGAUUGAAAGCUCCCGACGAACAAAAACAGCUGCAGCUAAAACUACAACAGCAAGAAAGACAAAAGCAACUAGCACGAAUCGAACAGCUGAGCCAAACAGAGAAAGACAUGCAGCCACAGUUGUCGAGCAAACGAGUCUUUAUGCAGAUGCAGAAAUUAAGACAUCGCUUCGAUCAAACCUCUUCGCAAGAAAUGGUGGACAAACAACGCCAACAGCGAGAAGCGUUCGAAUUAUUAGAUACAAAUAACUAUAACCAGCAAGGUAUAAGUGCAAUGCGCUUUUCACCGGGAAGAAUUACUACGAAUCAAAAUUUACAAGAAAGGUUUCAAUCGAGUGCGGUCAUUGGCUCCAAGACUAUGUUACCAAAACGCGGUACCUUGGUAAGCGUUCUUUAUCCAAAAAUGCCCCAAAAAUUUUACCAAAGACACCGUAGUGAUAGAACUAUUCCGACAAAUACUAAAUUCAUCACCAUGGCAACUGGAGAGCUAAACCAGCAGAAAAUCAAUCCAAAUAUGGAAACAUAUUUGCCUAAGGGUCUCGCCCUCACUUCGUCGACAUCAUCAGCGGUUAACAGGGGAGGGAGGGUUUCGGAAAGAAGUCGCACGAAACUUGCAGGAAUCAUGCCACGUUUGGCCUCAACACAAGCUCAUUUGUCUCCUCCAUGGCAGCACUCAGAAUUUUAUAGAUCAUCGAACAACUUAGAUCAAAAUCUAACACAUCAGACUUUGCAACCGGUCAAAGACAAACAGAGAUAUGUUCAUUCACCGUUAUCCAAUGAAAUCACAUCCCCUGGAGUUGAUAUGAAACGCUUCAGCGAAUCAAAAGACAGAGUUCAGGUACAGAUGGAAAGCCCCGUAGCAGUUCCAUUUAGAAAUUCAGGAUUUAGUAAAGUAUCAUCAAACUCGAAUCAAAAUGUCCAAGAUGACACUUUACAGCUUGUUAAAGCGCACGGCGAAAACACCAAUUCCCCCGUUACCAAUGAGACAAGAUCUCUUGGAAUUAAUGCAAAUAUUAUCAACCAAUCACAAGAUGGAGUCCUGGCGCAUACAAGUAACCCAUUAUAUGCUCCUUGGCGAAAGGAAUCUAAUCUACAGUCCUUGCCAAACCCUGAGGGUCCAGUCCACCCGUUGUCAGUUAAACCAGCUACUUUUACUUUACAAGCGCAAAAUAUAAGCACAUUGGGUGUACAAUCAGGACAUCCAUUAAACAUAACGUCUCAAAUAGCAAAACAAAGAUACCUGAAGGAUGAAAUAAGUGAUCAUUCACAUGUUAAAGCCGCAAAGAAAGAAAAGUUGUUUUAUUUUCCAAUCAAAAGAGAUACUUUAAUAAGUUUGUUACCUAAGCAUCUUCAAGCGAAAUACAGAUCUCUUCGUGAUACAAGAAAUUUAAACUCAACGCAAAAAGUAUCCCCUAGCAAAAGUAGCGCAAACUCAACUGUUAAAAUGGAAGGCAUAACAUCAUCAAAUAUUUUACUAAAAAAUGACUUCCAUAUUUCAAGAUAUAAAUAUUCUGUUGAACAAGUCAAAACAGGAAAUGAAAGUAUAACUGAAUAUUUUUAUCUACCCGCAAGAAUGACAGGGAAAGUAACCAAAGCUACCGGUGUCAACAGCUCCGUGAAUAGCGACUCCCUCCUCGAGAGAGAUUCAGGUGAAUCAAACAACGAGACAAGAGUUGACUCAUGACGAGAUAAAAAGUCUGAAGAUACCGAUACCUUUGAAACAUGUAUCGUUUCACCGAACAAUUCAAACAGGGAAAAGCUCUUUAUAUCCGAUGAAAUCAUCGUGUACUGAUUCAUUCGCCAUAUAUUUUC